AGGCCCGAAAAAGUGCAGCUCAGUCACGAACAGCAGAAAUGGCCACUCGUUGGUAGGGUUUUGGCCCCUCCGCCCAUCUCCGCCGUAACACAGCCGCCCGCUAAUUCGCCGACCAGCUUGCCAUCACACGGUCGCUGCCGCCCCCGCGCCCCUCCCGCUCGCUUCAUCCUCCGCCCCCCGUGCUCACCAACGCCAACGCGGCAACGCCCAUGGUGCCCGUCUGCUGAAAACACCCGCCGCCGCCGCCGCCGCUGCCAUGCCUCGCGCCCAGAUGGUGACCCAUGGCCUUGGAGCAAAAAGGGAUAAUGCAGGGGCAAAAAAAUCUCCCCAGCAAAUCCAGAUGCUGGAGAAGUUUUACUCUGAUGCACAGUAUCCAAAGCCAGAGGAAAUGGGAGAGUAUGCAACCUGUGUUGGUUUGACUUACAGUCAGGUCCGUAUAUGGUUCAAAGAGCGGAGGAGAAAAGAGAGGAGGGAGAUGGGAGCCAUUGGGUCUCAGAUGGAAAGGCAAUUUAGAGCACGGUCCACUGGACCUAGAUCCAGCAGCAGUUCUUCCUCUUGUAACCAAGCUCCCACCUAUGGUAUUUCACGUUCACAAUCGGAGUUGGACACUUGGGGUAUGAGCACUGCAGGAGAGGAAAGUAAUAUUAUAUCACAAGUUCUGUUCCCCAAGGAUUAUAUCCUGAGCAAAAUUUUCCGCAAGGAUGGUCCACCUCUUGGUAGUGAAUUUGACCCCCUCCCCCAAAGUGCACAUGGCUGUAACAGAGAGGCUAAAUGCCAUCGUUCCUCAGAGAACCAAAGAACUGUGAAGAAGAGAAAGAUCAUGGAGUCUACUACUACUAACCAGAGAUCUGAUGUGUAUGAGGAUACUGCUCCUGUGAGGAAACAUGGAAUUGGCAAAGGUCUCAUGACAGUGUGGCAUGCCAUGUAUUCCCAUAACAUGAAAUGUCAAAGCGGCCCAAAUUUCAUUGAUGAAACUGGUUGUUUGAGGUCCCUUAGACCGUUUGAUGAUUUUGAUGGAUUAGAAGAUCGUGAUAAUGGAAGGAAGACUCAAAAUCAAGGUAUGACACGGAAAAAGAUAGUAAAAAGGAGUAAAGUUCUGGCGAAUAGGAAAAAGGUGCCGUGUAAGAGAGUUUCUGGUCCAAAGGUGCAUCCUCCAAUGGAUUGCCAUCUUUCAGUUGAUAAAUCAGAAUCUUCAGAACUACAGACUGAACUAGUGAAUUUAGUGGAUGAUGAGGAGCUCGAGCUCAGUGAAUUACAAGCAGGUCCCAAUCCAUUAAGAUGUUCAGCUCACCUGUCUUCAAGUGGUAGACACGACUGCCCCCUUUGUAAAGAUUUACUUGCCAAGUUUCCUCCACAAAGUUUGAAGAUGAAAAGGCUAUUCUCUACAAAACCAUGGGAGUCAUCACCUGAAAUGGUGAAAAAGCUUUUUCAGGUUAUCCGGUUUGUAUACACUCAUUUUGGCAGUGUUGAUGUCCACCCCUUCACAUUUGAUGAGUUUGUACAAGCAUUUCAUGACAAGGACUCCUUGCUGCUGGGGGAAGUACAUGUUGGUCUUCUCAAGCUACUGUUGCUAAAGGCUGAAAUGGGAAGUGAUGGUGUAUUUGUUCCACGAUCUUCUAAAGACUGCAGAUUUCUCAGUUUCCUGAACUUUGUUAGAGAACAAGAAUUCGAUGCCAAUGUUUGGAUCAGGUCGCUGAAUGCUCUUACUUGGGUUGAAAUACUUCGUCAAGUCCUUGUUGCUUCAGGCUUUGGGCCAAACCAGCAUUUGCUGAAUCAGGAAUUCUUUAACAAGGAGAAAAAUCAAAUGGUUAAAUAUGGUUUACGUCCCCGCACACUGAAAGGAGAAUUGUUUGCACUGUUGUCUAAGGCAGGAAGUUGUGGGUUAAAGGUUUCAGUACUAGCCAAAUCAUCUGAGAUUAUUGAUCUUAAUGUUUCGAGCCCAUUAGAACUAGAGCAGUUGAUCUCUUUAGCUCUCUCCAGUGACAUCACAUUAUUUGAGAAGAUUGCACCUUCUGCAUAUCGUCUCCGUGUUGACCCCCAAAUUAAAGGGGAAGAAGACUCUAUUUUAGAUAGUGAUGAUUCUGGAAGUGUUGAUGAUGAUGAGGAUACUAGCAGAAGUGACGAUGGAUCACAAAAGUUCAAAUUUCCUGAGAAUGAAAGUAGACUUGCUCGAAGAAAGGAGAAAAAUGCACAUGAAAGUCCAAAUAAAUGUAGUGAAAUUGAUGAAAGUUAUUCAGGUGAAAGAUGGCUGCUGGCAUUGAUGGAAGGAGAGUAUUCAGAUCUAAGCAUUGAUGAGAAGUUGGAUUGUUUGGUUGCUUUAAUAGAUGUUGUUUCUGGUGCUGGUUCUGUUCCAAGACUUGAGGAACCACAAAGAGUCUUGCAUAAUGUGCCAAGAGUGCAUCCACCACAAUCAGGCGGGAAAAUAAAGAAAUUGACAAAAAACCUUUGUCAAUAUAGCGACGAGUCCUUAAAUGGAUCAGGAAGUUUGGAUUGUUGCCAUCAAGGCCGACCAGGAAGGCGAAAAAAUCAGGAUUACACCGCUGAUCCUGGAAGGAAUGAUCUGCCUGUCGCUGCUCAUGAACCACAAGUUGUUCUCUUAGGAUCAGAUCGCAGGUAUAAUAGCUAUUGGCUCUUCCUUGGUCCUUGUAGGGAAGAUGAUCCAGGGCAUCGAAGGGUCUACUUUGAGUCCUCAGAGGAUGGACAUUGGGAGGUGAUCGAUUCACCACAGGAAUUACUUUCCUUGCUAUCUGUCCUCGAUAGCAGGGGCACUAGGGAAGCACAUCUCCUUACAUCGAUGGAGAAGAGACAAGCCUGCCUUUUUGAAGCCAUGAAAAAACAUGUGGAAGGAGGGAAGGCAGCCAGGCUUCCAGCCCCAUUUGAUUCAUAUUGCUCCCAGACAAGUAGUGGAGAUGGAGCUUCGCCCAAGACAAGUAGUGUAGAUGGAGCUUCACCUGUAUCAGACAUUGAGAACACUGCUGUUCCUACAUGCCUCAAAGAUAGUAAUUUUGAUUCAUCAUCUGCCAUAGUAAUUGAAAGUGGGAGGAGAGGUGAUGAAAAAAUAUCUAUGUGGGAACGGUUGCAAGCAUUUGAUAAGUGGAUCUGGACUUCUUUUUACUCCAUCCUUACUGCUGUCAAAAGUGGCAAGAAGUCAUUUAAGGAGUCACUAGUUCAUUGUGAAAGUUGUCAUGAUCUAUAUUGGAGAGAUGAAAAGCACUGCAGAAUAUGCCAUUCUACUUUCGAGGUUGGUUUUGAUCUUGAAGAAAAAUAUGCUGUACAUGUUGCGACAUGCAGGGAGCCUGAGCUUUCACAUGAGGUGCCAAAUCAUAAAUUUCUGCCAUCACAGCUACAGGCACUUAAAGCAGCCAUUCAUGCUAUUGAGGCAUCUAUGCCUGAGGCAGCUUUUACUGGUUCUUGGAUGAAGUCUGCUCACAAGCUGUGGGUUAAGCGGCUGAGACGAACGUCAUCAUUGCCAGAGCUUUUGCAGGUUCUUGUCGAUUUUGUUGGGGCAAUGGAUGUUGAUUGGUUGUACAAAAGUUCAUCUUCUACGAGAUUUAGAACAUAUCUGGAUGACAUCAUUGUCUACUUUCAGACAAUGCCACAAACAACAUCAGCAGUUGCACUUUGGGUUGUCCAAUUGGAUGCCCUCGUUGCGCCUUAUUUGGAUAAAGCCAUGACAGGACAGCAAGCUUGUGCUAGGUAGCCAGGAAGAUGGAUUCUUUUUCGUGAUGCUCAAGCACCCCGAGCUGACUUAUUUUUUCUGGCGUCAUUUGCAAGUUUUUUUCUUGAUGAAAGCUUUUCAUCUAGGUGAGACAGAACAUGGGUCCGCUUUGAGCUUGAGAACAAGAUCUCGCAGCGUGCUGUAAAUCAUGGAAUGUAUUGUUCCCUCCCAGCGGAGCAUUGUGUCAUAUAGUUGAUAGUGGAAAAGUUUUGUUAAUAAUCGUUGCUCCGGAUAUGUGAAAGUUUUUGGCUUUCCUUGUAGCGACACAAUUGGGGUGUAGGCCAUUUCUGAAACAGACUGCUGUCUGUAGGUGGUGCUGGUUGGGACUUGGCUACCAGCUGCGCCCUCCUUAGUUUUAACGAAGGGGUGGCUAUAAUUUUGUUCCUUCUAUCUCUGUAUAUGCUACGUAGCUCCUCUCCAAGAUCUUUCAACAUUGGGUGCGCCCUAUUCUUGUAUGCUGUGUAACCUGUUUUCCUAAUAGAGUGCAGUUGGAGACACCACACAUGCAGCUGCAAGUUGUGAACAUGUAAA